AUGGAGCUCAGCCAACAGUCGAUUCACGAUGUCAUCCAUCCAACCGCAGCCUUCUCGGAUGAGAGCAUCUGGGAGCAGUCGGCCGCUAAUGCCGCUGUCGAGGCUGCGAGAGAGACUUCGUGGGAUGAGUCUCCACUGAACCCCAAGAAUCGCAUCGACAGUCUGGAGCCUCCGGCGCGGCCCUUGUGGCGUAUUGAUGGCUGUACUGCAUUUGGAACUCAGUUUUAUGCCGUGCCUCUCUUCAUGGACUCGAUUCCCCCGUUCCGCAUUGAUGUCUUCAUACCCGAGCCAGCGACCCUCUCGCGCGAGCUGCGCAGCGUCCUCGACAUGGACGUGGCCUUCUACACAAGAGACGCAUCCCGCAUCUCACAGCUUGGCGUUACCCAGCAUGUGCUCCGGCUGCUCCAGUACUGGACGUCGACGUUGGAUGAUCCGCCUCAGAUAUAUCAAAACAUCCCCUUUGGCUCGAGGAUCGUCUUCAACAACCUUCCCAGGGAUGUCAGCCAAGUCCAGGUAUGCAUCGCUCCGACGUAUUACCUUGAGCGUCAGAUGCUGUCCGUGGCAUCAUUUGAAAGCUUCUGGGGGUCGCACCUGGACCUCCCCCCGACGGUCGACGUUCACGACGUCGUGUAUCUGUCACAGUUGCACGACAGUGUCUGUCUCAUUGAAUAUGAGGGCAAAACAUGGAUCUUCAAGGCCCUGACCAGCUACACCAAGUACUUGUACCAUGAACUACGACAGCUCCUCUCCAUCAAGGCUCACCCCAACAUUGUGGCACGACCGGUCCACCUCAUCACAAAGAAGUGCAGCUUUGGCAGCAAGACGGCCGUCCUCGGAUUCACGCUCGAGUUUCACGUCCAUGGCAGCCUGCGUGACUUGAUCCCUUUUUUGCAGGUGCAUGACCGAGUGUCGCUAGCCGACAAGGCCAAAUGGUCUGUCCAACUUGCGUCUGCCUUGGUGCAUCUGCGUGAGACGUCCAGCAUUUUCUAUCCGGACCUCCGGCUUGACAACAUUGUCCUGACGGAAUCUGGGGACGUUGUCAUGGUUGACUUUGAGCAGCGUGGCGUCUGGUGCGAGUUUGCCGCCCCAGAAGUCAACGCCAUCGAGUACGUCCGACUGUUGGCCGUCGACGACGAGAUCCCCUCGCGCAUUGUAGACAAGUAUGCCGCGAUGCUGACGAGCAUGCUUCCCGGGUGGGAGGAGAUGGGCCAGGGCGAAGAUUACGUCUGGCCAUCCAAGGGGUACAACGUGCCGUGGGCCUGCCUGACCCCCAAAGAGCAGGAGGCCUGCGAGGUGUACAUGCUCGGGCGAGUCCUCUGGUGCAUCUUUGAAUCCGAAAGCGCCCCCCAGCGAGCGGCGGUGUGGCUUUCGUACCGAUGGGAGCCCCUGGUUGAGUUUCCCGGAUACACUCGCACGCCACCCGCCAUGCGAGAUCUCAUCGAUCGCUGCACUCGCGGCCGGCAGGCUGGGCUUAGCAGGCUCAUCGUCCGCCGCAGAGACAAGCUGGUGUUGCGAGAUCUUGAAAACACGGGCGAGUCCACGGCGAAAGAGGUCCAGAAGACGGCGCGCGACUGGUGGGCAAAGGAAAUCGCCGACUCGGAGGCGUGGCUCAUGGAGCGCGCAGAGGGCAUGAAGAGGGGCGACUGGAACGAGAACUACUAUGACCGACCUAGCCUGCGUGAGGUCCGCGAGGAGCUGACCAAAUUUCUCGAGGAGAACCAUUUCUGUUAG